AUGGGCUUCAAACACACUCUUUUCUUAUGUAUCGCGUGCUUUGCAGUGGUAACUGUCAAUGCAACCGCUGUGAUGCGCCGUCCCGACAAAUACAAGGAUUCUCCUUCCACCACCGGCAACCAAACGACUCCAGAGGCCCGCGACCUUGAGGAACGUAACAAAGGAAAGGCGUCUGUCGCGUACUUUACCAACUGGGGUAUAUACGGCGCCGAUUUUCAACCUCAAGAUAUUGUCACUGACACUUUGAGUCACAUUCUCUACUCGUUUGCUGAUGUAGACCCCUGGUCUGGAGUUAUAAGGCUUACUGAUUCGUGGGCUGAUGAAGAGAAACAUUACGACGGAGACAGCUGGACCGAAAGUGGGACGAAUUUGUACGGCUGUCUCAAGCAGCUGUACCUCAUCAAGCUUGCCAACCGGAAAAUUAAAGUCCUCCUUUCCAUUGGCGGCUGGACUUAUUCUCAGGCCGGUCAUUUCGCCUUCGUUACAUCCGAAUCCAGCCGGGCCACAUUUGUCUCCAAUGCCGUCACUCUCAUCGAGGACUACGGCCUUAGUGACCUUGAUUUUGAAUACCCAUCCAAUGCCGAUGAAGGACAAGGUUUUGCCGACCUUAUCACGGAACUUCGUACCGCUUUUGACAAUCUUACCAACUCUAAAGGCGAUAGCACUCCGUACCAGCUAUCCGCAGCUGUGGCUGCUGGGUCCAAUAACUAUGCCAAUCUCGUCGUACCCCAGAUGAAUGCUGCCCUGACAUACUGGAAUCUCAUGUCCUACGACUAUUCCGGUGAAUGGUUGGACUACUCCGACAACCAAGCCAAUCUUUACGGUGGUGAGCGCACAGGUGUCAACACCGAUGCCGCUGUGCAACACUACAUUUCGGCUGGCGCGGAUGCCUGGAAGAUCAACAUGGGUAUUCCUCUCUAUGGACGUGCCUUCGAGAAUACCGACGGUCUGGGAGCAUCUUACAGUGGUGUCGGCUCCGGAACCAUCGAAGCUGGGGUGUAUUCAUACAAUGUUCUUCCUAUCGGCAAUGCCCAAGUCUUCGAAAAUACGGGUGAUAUCAGUAGCUACUCGUAUGACUGGUCUUGCCGGGAGCUCGUCUCGUACGAUACACCCAACAUCGUCGCGCUCAAGGCAAAGUAUAUCAACGACUGUGGACUUGCUGGUUCUAUGUUCUGGGAGCUGUCAACCGAUAAAGUCGGCUCCGACUCCCUUGUUGGCGCGGCCGCCGGUGUCCUGGGCACCCUUGACAAGACCAAGAAUCACAUCAGCUAUCCUAAUAGCAAGUGGGAUAAUAUCAGAAGCAACAUGGGCCAGUGGUAG